AUGCCUUGUGUGCGGCUGCAAGGAGAACAGCUGUCCACGGCACUACACGACCACGCGAACGGCAAGGAGUCAGCGCGCUUCACGUCCGAACAGUUGCGGCCUGUGUACGAACCAUUCUGGGCAACACUCCCACAUUGCGACAUCUUCGCGUCGAUAAUGCCUGAUAUCCUGCAUCAGCUACACAAAGGAAUGUUCAAGGAUCACUUACUAUCGUGGUGCACGUCCAUAGCAGGCAAGGACGAGAUUGAUCGCCGAUUCCGUGCGAUGACAGACUUCCCCGGUCUUCGACACUUCCGCAAUGGCAUAUCGCACAUCUCGCAGUGGACCGGCCAUGAACACAAGGAGAUGCAGCGCGUCAUUGUAGGGCUCUUAGCUGGGGCGGUUCCUCCCGAGGUCCUCGCCGUUGCUCGCGCGCUUGUCGACUUCAUUUACUAUGCCCAGCUUCGCUCCCACACCGACACAUCUCUUGCUCACAUGCAAGCGGCCCUCGACACCUUCCACCGUCAUAAAGGCAUCUUCGUGACGCUGGGAAUACGUGAGCACUUCAAUAUCCCAAAACUUCACUCACUACUGCAUUACAUCGAGGCGAUCCGUUCGCGGGGCACUUGCGACGGGUACAACACCGAGUUGCCCGAACGAUUGCACAUAGAUCUUGCGAAGAACGCGUACCGGGCUAGUAACCACCGUGACUACACCGAGCAGAUGGUCAAGUGGUUGGGACGUCAGGAGGCCGUGGACUUGCACGCAGCCUACAUCACUUGGCUGAAAGUUGCAGAGGGCGGAGGGGCUCAGUUGAACGAUACGUCAGCAGAUGGGGAGGGCGCACCUGAUGACUCCGAGUCCCCAGACCCUGCUGCAGCUCCUCGCGUCAUGUUGGACGGCGGAAAACGUUCCUACGUGAUGGCGAAACACUGCCCUUGUCCGAACACCACGCUCCGUACCCUCGUAGACGAUCACAAGGCGACACAGUUCCUGCCUGCGAUUACCGAGUUUGUCCACUCGAGGUUUCCUGGAUGCCGACUCCAACCGAAUGAUAUGGACCGGUACGACGUCUACAAGAAUAUCUCAGUGACCUAUCCCGCCGACCCGCAUAGCGACACGACUCAACUUACCGAUCGAGUCCGAACGGUACCAGGUAAAGCAGCAAGUGGUCGAAAGCAGACAGUGGGCGCCCACUUCGACACUGCCUUCAUUGUUGAUCCUGAGCUCGCAAUCGAUGGCGGCGGCCGUCAAGACCCGCGCUCCGUCACCGACACGAGGGUCGCGCGUGUCCGUGUUCUCUUUGAUCUUCCUGAGCAGUUUGGGAUCUUGCCGCACCGCCUUGCAUACGUCGAAUGGUACACGCCUUUACGGCGCAGAGAUCCUGGCACAGGCCUUUAUCUCGUUUCUCGGUCAACGCGCAACGGCGGAAGACCUAACGCAAGCAUUGUUAGUGUCGACAAGAUCCGCCGUGGUUGUCACUUGAUCCCAAAAUAUGGUAGGACAGUAGACAAAGAACUCACGAUGGAUAACGCCCUCGAUCUUGCUACCGAAUUCCGUGUAAAUUCGUACAUCUCCGUUGACCUUAGGACAUUACCAGAGUAA